ACUCACAUGGGCGCUGGGACAGAAUUCGCUGCAGUAAAAGCAACCAUAACCCUCUCAGAAACCCCAACUGCACUAUCGUCAUCAGCCUUGCCCGGUGCUUACUCAGAGUAAGCCUUCACUUCAACAUGGCUCGUCAAGGUUGGGAGGAGUCAGAGUUUCCCAUAGUCUGCGAGACAUGUCUAGGCCCCAACCCAUACGUCCGCAUGACGAAGCAGGCCCACGGCAAAGAAUGCAAGAUCUGUCGUCGCCCUUUCACUAUAUUCCAGUGGUGCCCCGGAACAGGCAUGCGCAACAAAAAGACCGAGGUCUGCCAAACUUGCGCGAAAGUCAAGAACGUCUGUCAAACUUGUGUUCUCGACCUUGAAUUCGGGCUUCCCGUCCAAGUCAGAGAUACCGUCCUCGAAUCACAAGACAGUGUGCCCGAUUCAGCCGUCAACAAGGAGUUCUUCAUCGCUAGCGUCGAAGGAAAAUUAGGCAACGACUCGUUAAUCAAUUACGCAAAGGCGGACAGUGCUGCGCGAGAGCAGUUGAAACGAAUGAGCAGACCCGAUCCAUAUUAUAAACGAAACAGGCCACACAUUUGCUCGUUCUACGUCAAAGGAGACUGCAAAAGAGGCGAUGAGUGCCCUUACCGUCAUGAGCUGCCAAUCAAAAAUGAUAUGUCGCAUCAAAAUAUCAGAGAUCGAUACUAUGGAAAGAAUGAUCCCGUUGCUGGGAGAAUGUUGAACAGAACAGACAAGGCAUCGUCAUUGCAAACACCGGAGGACAAGACAAUCACCUCCCUUUUUCUGACAGGGGUUGACGAAUCGCUGACAGAGCAGGACCUCCAAUCGCAUUUCUACGCUUUCGGGGAGAUCAAAUCCGUAGUUCUCAUCGCCAAAUCCAAAGUAGCUUUCAUCAACUAUGCCACGCGGGCCGCCGCCGAACUCGCCAUAUCCAAAUCAUACAACAACUGCAACAUCAAGGGCAAAACCAUCCGAGUGCAAUGGGGCAAAGCUAGACCACAGGGACCGAGGGGCGAUACCCAAAGUUCUGCAACUAGCGAUGGCGCGCCGUCGCCGUCUCCACAAUCGGGGCAGAUCACGGUGGAUCAGUUGCUCGCUAUGCCCCCUCCGCCACCACCCCCCGGUGCCGCGGCGGCCCGCGCGAUGUAUCCGUCACAGGACCCGAGCUUGUUGGGGACGGCGACGGGGCGGGAGUUCAGGGCUUAGAACUCUGCGGCACGCUUGGGAAUUUCGAGUGGGUGGUUUCAGAAGAAGUAA